AUGUGCUUAUACGCCUGCGUCGUCUUCCUCUGCGCCCACGAGCGCUGGGGUUUAUGUGUAAAGACGUGCCAGACCGCCGAGAACUUCCAGGCGAACAAGGUCGACCAAGACUGCUUGGUAAAAAGCCCUCACGUGCCUACAUCGCGAAAGUUGCAGAGAAAGUGCAGCAGCUGUAUCGUGAUGGAAGACAAAUUCGGCCAAGCUAAGAAGAGCAUUGAGGAUGUCAAACAGGCGCUGAAGAGGAUUGGAGAAGAAACGAGGAAGAGAAAGAUGGAAGGGGAGAAAAAGAAAGAGCAAGAAGAAGGCAAGGCAAGACCGGCUGUGGGUGUAGAUUGUGGUCCUGAGCUCGGGGUUAUUAGCGAGGAGGAUGAAGAGAUUGGGGAGGAUUCUGAGAUGGGAGAUGGGUCUUCCUGGGCGAGUGGUUAA